GAGAGAGAAGUAAACUUUUGAGGCCACCAAAAGAAAAUGGGCGUGGCUUCAACUUUGUGUCGCGUGAGUCAGUGACGUAGAGCCAGGUUAGGCGGUAGAGGUGUCUCAAUAGUUCACCUUGUGGAGGUUCAUUGUUUAAGUUGGGCUUUUAUGCUUCGUGUGUCGAGAUAUUAGACGCGUGCCACCAGAGCGGGCCGACCACAUUCGCGUGACAUAGUCGUAGUGAAAACAUCAAACUUUAAAGGCUGGCGAUUUUUGCUUCACUAUCCUGCAAACUAAACAACCUGUUGGUAGAAUCCUACCGUCUACCUGUUGCUCAAGUCGCAACUCACAAGUCGCAUCUCUCGACACUUGUCUUCAUUUUCGACAAGUGUUUGCAACAAAACGGUGAAGCUCGAGCUCUUCCUAGACUUUUGACGAACUUCAGAACUUGAAUUCUUUUGAAGAAUCGUCUAUUCAUAUAUUUCAAGCGACGUAUUCAAUAUAGCUCUGAAUUUGUUCACCCUUUCCUGAGCUUAUUUUCAAGAGAAGUAAAAUGGAGAACAUCGUACCAAUUUCCAUCCACCACACCACUCAGCUGCUGCAAGCAGUCACCGUCAACAACCAGACGAUACGGACAACGACAUCGAUAGACGAUCUCCCCAAGCGAGUGCGACGACUUCGAGUCAACGAUGAGGAAACCCCUGAGCUUACUCGUUGCAAGAGGCGAAUCCACUUUAACCAUUUGGGCUACGAACUAAACCAACCAGCCCCUGCUGCAGUCGCACGCCGUAACGAACGGGAGCGAAACCGCGUCAAACUCGUCAACCAUGGAUUCGCCAAUUUACGCCAGCAGCUCCCUAACGGCGCCAAUAAUAAGAAGAUGAGCAAAGUAGAGACAUUGAGGUCAGCGGUGUCCUACAUCAGACAACUCCAACUAUUGCUUGACGAAGAGGCAGCAGUCAACGCCGUCUUCAACGGUCACAGUUUACCGCCGUCAACCGCCAGUCUCAGCUCGGCGUCGUCACCCGCAAGUUCCCCGGGUGGAUCUAGCCCUUGUGAACCCCUCUCGCCUGAAGAUGAAGACCUGCUAAACUUCCAUACAUGGUUCUAAUGUUAUGCCAAACCGGACACCAAUUCUGUCAGCUUUUGAACAAAAGGUAAAGGCGUGUCUCUGUGACGUCCCGACCAAUCAGAAUUAGGCGCGUGGCUACCUGGUUCCAAUAACCUUGAAGUUAACCAAUGAGGCUUCAGUGGACCCGUGGCGGGAGCCGUCCAUCGCUCGGCUGGAACGCGUCAGGGGCGGGGCCUCUGAGUUCGGCGGACUCCUGUCUCUUCGAAACAAAGCAAGGCCAGAAUUUCGCUGCUCCACGGGAGUGUACAAUACCAUCCGGAUCUCCAAUCCGAUAUUCCUCAAGUUGAGUAAGCGAAGACCGUGCAGCCUUUUUCCAUUCAUUAAUUUGAAUUUAAUAAGAAUUCUUCCAAAACUUCCUUUUUUUAUUCUUUGUAAAGAAAUAGAAAGUUCUAAUCUGAUGUAUUCAAUGUUUUAGUGUCUAUAGUAUUCAUGACAUACAUGGUGUUAGAUAUUCCCUCAACACAUCAUCAAUGUAAAUGGUUUCUCAUGCAGUCACACUUGUUGCUUAUGAAUAAAACUACUCUUAUCAUUGUUAUCGCAUUUUAACAAUUUUAGAAUUGUACAAGUUGUGUUAAAAAUCUGUGGACAUAAAAAGGGAGGACAGCCCAAUCACAGAAACGUUUAUUACGAAUCUCAAACUAACAUCAUAUAUUCUAUGCAAUUGGGAAGCAUAACGAGGACGUUUUAAGUACAUAACUUAUCGCCCUAUUAAAGUAACAUUAUAAAAGCUGCCAUUUGACAGAAAUCUAGUACAAAUCUCAUCACUCUUAAGCUCACAUUUCUGCCUUCAUAUCAGAUGCUCUUCCCGAUAUCCCACUUUUUUUAAAACAAAAUUUACAAAAGCAAAUUAUUUCAAGAUUUACUAUUUAAACACAUAAUAUAUAUUUUCUUAAAUUCUAUCGACAUCUAGUGAUUAUAACUUAUUUAGUUUUAUGGAGGAAAAACGGAAGACAUGUAUGUAUAUAUAGCAAAAUUAUUAUCAAAGUCAACUGGACAUUUUGUCUAUAUUUUUACCAUAUUUUGACAAUGUGUAUAUAUUGUAAUUUUAAAUAAAUUUGAUAUACAAAAUAGAUAAUAUUAUUAGUUUUGUCAUUCUGAAAUGUUUGUACUGCUGUACUUUUGAAAAUACAUCAGUAUAUAUUGGACCGAACAGUCCUCUUUGUUAAUCAGUUCUCCCCUUUUGCUCAGGGGGAAUGACAGUUGUUGUCAAACCAUAUAUUAUAUCAAUUAUUUUUUCAUCACCAGUCUUUUAUCGAAAGACGUAUUCUUAAUACAAGCUUCAAAACAUUCCAUUUUAAAGAAACUGUGUGCUUUAGAAUAACAUCUUGUUCAUAGCGUCGAUUUCUAAGACACUUAAAUCUGUCGCAAACUGUUACACUCAAGUUUCUUCUUAGCAUAGCUUCUCGUAGAUUAUUGUAGAAACCUUUCUGAAAUUCCCUGGGAUAUUUCCCUCUCUACUACUUGGUAUAAUAUAAGAACACCUCAAGUUUGAAAUGUUUGAAUAAGUUGUAGAAAUAAAUCAGUAAGGUGUAUGUCAGACGUUGUGCUGGUAUUUUAAAUUGCUUAUGGAAUUUAUUAAUGAGUUAAAAAUAGACAAUGUUUGUCUCAAAUUCUAGCUCAUAUUAUUUAAUAAAUAAUUGCAAAUUAGGUAGGUCACUAAAAAUGCUACUCAUUAGUUUAGAAAGUGUGUGAAAUCUGAAUUCUUCCUUUUUAUCAAUGUGAUUUUUGUAUCGAACUGUAAUCCUCAGAUGUUUUAAAAACAUCCCGUCGUACCAAUAUUAUUACAAACUUGGUGUUCAUAAGUAAUUACAGUCAAUAGUAUGGAUUUUUUUUUAUUAUAAUAUGUCAAAUACUGCCUUUACUUAUAUUAGAACACGUAACAUCUUGUAUUCAAUAAAGUGCCUUGGGGGAAAAAAACAUAUCAAAUGGUUUUGAAACUUACAAACUACAAGCUCUUGAAUCACUUCAAAAUAUUAUGCCUGACUAAACUUGUAAUAUGUAUUUUUGUACGAUUUUUCUACGCAUAGCGUUUUAUUUUGUAAUCCAGCACUUCAGUGCAAUUUCUAAGUAUUCCUUGCUUAUGUAUAUACUGAUUUAUAUGUUUGUAAAUUUGUUGUUGUACAAAAGAAAAUAUAGAACUAUUCCUGGCCGUUAAAGACGGUGAAUGCCAAUAAAAUAUGCAGAUAAAAUGAA